AUGGCCUCCGAGACCUUCGAGUUCCAGGCUGAGAUCUCUCAGCUGCUGUCUCUGAUCAUCAACACCGUCUACUCCAACAAGGAGAUCUUCCUGCGAGAGCUGAUCUCCAACGCCUCCGAUGCCCUCGACAAGAUCCGCUAUGAGGCCCUGUCGGACCCGUCCAAGCUCGACACGGGCAAGGACCUCCGCAUCGACAUCAUCCCCGACAAGGAGGCCAAGACCAUCACCAUCCGCGACACUGGUAUUGGUAUGACCAAGGCGGAUCUGAUCAACAACCUGGGUACCAUUGCCCGCUCUGGCACCAAGCAGUUCAUGGAGGCCCUCUCUGCUGGUGCUGAUAUCUCCAUGAUCGGCCAGUUCGGUGUCGGUUUCUACUCGGCCUACCUGGUGGCGGACAAGGUCACCGUCAUCUCCAAGCACAACGAUGACGACCAGUACAUCUGGGAGUCCAGCGCCGGUGGUACCUUCACCCUCACCCCCGACCUCAACGGUGAGCCUCUGGGCCGCGGUACCAAGAUGGUCCUGCACCUGAAGGAUGAGCAGACCGACUACCUGAACGAGAGCAAGAUCAAGGAGGUCGUCAAGAAGCACUCCGAGUUCAUUUCCUACCCCAUCUACCUCCACGUCCUCAAGGAGACCGAGAAAGAGGUUCCCGACGAGGAGGCCGAGGAGAAGAAAGAGGAGGAGGAAGGCGAGGAGAAGAAGGCCAAGAUUGAGGAGGUCGACGAAGAGGAGGAGGAGGAGAAGAAGAAGGAGAAGAAGACCAAGAAGAUCAAGGAGUCCAAGAUCGAGGAGGAGGAGCUCAACAAGACCAAGCCCAUCUGGACUCGCAACCCCGCCGACAUCACCCAGGAGGAGUAUGCCUCCUUCUACAAGUCCCUCUCCAACGACUGGGAGGACCACCUCGCCGUCAAGCACUUCUCCGUCGAGGGUCAGCUCGAGUUCCGCGCCAUCCUCUUCGUUCCCAAGCGCGCUCCCUUCGACCUCUUCGAGACCAAGAAGCAAAAGAACAACAUCAAGCUGUACGUCCGCCGUGUCUUUAUCACCGACGACGCCACCGACCUCAUUCCCGAGUGGCUCGGCUUCAUCAAGGGUGUGGUCGACUCUGAGGACCUGCCUCUCAACCUGUCUCGUGAGACCCUGCAGCAGAACAAGAUCAUGAAGGUCAUCAAGAAGAACAUUGUCAAGAAGACCCUCGAGCUCUUCAACGAGAUCGCCGAGGACCGCGAGCAGUUCGACAAGUUCUACAACGCCUUCAGCAAGAACAUCAAGCUGGGUAUCCACGAGGAUGCUCAGAACCGCCAGGCUCUGGCCAAGCUGCUGCGCUUCAACUCGACCAAGUCUGGUGACGAGACCACCUCGCUCACCGACUACGUCACCCGCAUGCAGGAGAACCAGAAGCAGAUCUACUACAUCACCGGCGAGUCCCUCAAGGCUGUUUCCCGUUCUCCGUUCCUCGACACGCUCAAGCAGAAGAACUUCGAGGUCCUGUUCCUGGUUGACCCGAUUGACGAGUACGCCUUCACUCAGCUGAAGGAGUUCGACGGCAAGAAGCUGGUCGACAUUACCAAGGACUUCGAGCUCGAGGAGAGCGACGAGGAGAAGAAGGAGCGUGAGAAGGAGGAGAAGGAGUUCGAGGGUCUGGCCAAGGCCCUGAAGAACAUCCUGGGCGACAAGGUUGAGAAGGUCGUUGUGUCCCACAAGCUGAUUGGCUCUCCUUGCGCCAUCCGUACCGGCCAGUUCGGUUGGUCCGCCAACAUGGAGCGUAUCAUGAAGGCCCAGGCUCUGCGUGACACCUCGAUGAGCUCGUACAUGGCCUCCAAGAAGACCUUUGAGAUCUCGCCCAAGUCCCCGAUCAUCCGCGAGCUCAAGAAGAAGGUCGAGGCCGACGGCGAGAACGACCGCACCGUCAAGUCCAUCACCCAACUGCUCUUCGAGACCUCUCUGCUGGUGUCUGGCUUCACCAUUGAGGAGCCUGCCAGCUUCGCUGAGCGCAUCCACAAGCUGGUGUCUCUCGGUCUGAACGUGGAGGAGGAGACCGAGGCGGCCGAGCAGAAGCCGGCCGAGGAGGCUCCUGCUGAGGCGACUGGCGAGAGCGCCAUGGAGGAGGUUGACUAA